AUGGAUCCCGCACGUCAGCACGCGGGUUCUGCACCCGCUGCUCUCCCCCCAGACGUCCCCACUGCCGCUCUAAUUCCAGAGCCUUCUUCCCUUGCGUCUGCAGCAAUCGGUUCUCAACCUGUGACCUCCGGCCUUGCUCUUCCACAUGCUGUGACUGAGCUUUCCCUAACAGAAGCACGUCUGAAGUCGUCAGCUGGGCGUUUCUCCCUUCCAGGAGUCAUUUCCUCCGCUGCUAAGGCUUUGUCAUCGCCAGGACUUCAGGCUGCGGCAGAGAAUGUAUCCCCGUUACAAGCACGCUCGUCUAUGGAUGUAUCCGCACCCCAUGGUCCCCUGGAGUGUACUGCAAGGAGUAACCUGGCUCGUAGCUUAAGCAGCAGCAAUAGCAGGAGAGCGCGUGAGAGGCCUCAGCUGGAACCGCAUGAGGAGCAAAGUGGGAACCCCAGGAAGCAGCAGCGGUUGCUUCCCAGCGAGGAUGAGGUGAGGGAGGCUGCAACUGAUUGGCCAACGCUUGGGGCCACUUUGAGACGAGCUCUUGGGGUGGACGGGAGUGGGGGGAGCGACAGAGGGGAGCGGAGGGCAGGGAUAUCGCAAACAAGAGCAGCGGUAGCAGGAGCAGCUCCGGCAGGAGCAGCGGCAGCAGGAGCAGCGCCGGCACAUGGUUGGAGUUUUGGUGAAGAGCAGGGAGAAUCUGAAGAAGCAGCAGGUUUGGCAGAGGAUGAGGAAGGGAUGGUGCAGCAGGAGCAGCAGUCUGAAGCCCGAGAGGACCAGCAGGAGCAGCACCAGCAGCCGCAGCAGGAUUUUCAGCUGUUAGCUACCAGCAAAGUGCCAGGUAGUGGAAGGCUUUGGAGGCGAGGGGGGUUAAGUGCUGGUCCCAAGGCAGAACAUGAGUGCAGAUUCUGCGGCAAGGGAUUUGAUUCUCAUCGGGCGCUUGGAGGGCACAUGAAUCUCCACAGGAAAGAGCGCAAGAUAGAAGACGCAGCCUCUGCUGUCGGUGCUCCGGCUGCCAUGGGUGCAUCUGCUGCCAUGGGUGCAUCUGCUGCCAUGGGUCCAUCUGCUGCCACCGAUGCCAUGCCCACCCAGACACCCUUGCAGCCGUCCACCCACUCCAGCCCAUUCUCACCACACCAUCCGCUGCGCCCUCGUCCCUCCCCAGACCCCUUCCUCUCCACCCUCUCCCCUGAACUCCUCCAAUCUCUCGUCCUCCACUCGUGGCCCCCAGGAGCAGCAUCUGGUAACCAUAUAACACCUCGUGCGGUUACCACCGCGUCCUCCUUCGCACCUACCCAUCCUGCUUCUGUUCCGCCGUCCCUUUCACCGUUACCUGUGGUUGCAGUACCUCCAGUGACUGAUCCCUCUCAGCAGCACCAGUCCCAAAAUUCACCACAAGCACAGGCGGGCAUGGGUGGAACGUUGAGGCAACAGGGGCAGGAGCAGCAGGGGGAGAGCCGUCCAGGAGAAGCGUGUGUGGGGCCACAGCAUGAUGUCCAGGAGGUAGUGCGAGGAGUGGGAGGAGUGGGUGGGGGAGAGGGGGCGUUGCAUGGUCUCAGUGCCUUGGAUUGGCCAUCUGCAGCUUCGUAUCUCCAUGGCUUGAGUAUGCCUGCUGUGACUAUGCCUGCUGUGACUAUGCCUGCUCUGACUAUCCCUGGUGUGACUAUUCCUGCUUACGGUUCUUCAGCUGCUGGUGGCGUUACAUCUCAUGGUCCUUCAGGUGCUGCCGUUACAUCUCCUGGACUCCAUACGCACAUGGAGUCAAUUCUACCUGCCUCCAUCCCACCAUGCCAGCAGCACUCGUUCUCCUCUUUGCAGACACCUUCUAUGUUCUCCCAGCCCAACUUGGUGCAGCAGCAGCAAGCGCCAUGGACCACUGGGUUCGCCUUUGGCCAGCAGCAAGCGCCAUGGACCAUUGGGUUCGCCUUUGGCCAGCAGCAGCCGUUGGCUUCCCAGCCUGUGUUUCACCAGCAGCAGCAACUGUUGGCCUCUCAGCCUGCCUUAGACCAGCAGCAGCAGCAGACUGCUCAGCCUGUGUUUCACCACCACGAUCAGCAAAUGACUUUUCAACCGGCCAUGUGCCUGCAGCAGCAGAAGCAGCAGCAGCAACUGUUGGCCUCUCAGCCUGCCUUGCUCCAGCAGCAGCAGCCAUUGACUUCUCAGCCUGCCUUGAGCCGCCAGCAGGAGGCUGGCGCUCUGCCAGGGCGGCCAUUGCAAGGGGAGCGGGCAGGAGGGAGCAAGGAGGACAAGCUGGCACAGUUGGAACAGCUUCGCCAGUUGCUGCUCUUACAGGAGCAGCUUAUAGGGGAACAACCAGGCGGAGAGGGGCUUCAGUUGAGGCGGCAGGGGUUGGAGGGGUUGAAAGGUGCAGAGUGGUGUGGUGAUUUGAACCACCAGGUGGAGACGAAGGGGGGAGUGGCUGCAGAAAACGAGAGGCAGUGCCGCUCAGAGGAAUAG